UGACGUGUUCGGGUCCUCGCUGAAGGGUGUGUUUACAUCGACGUCACAGCAGUUUGCCGAAAGGAUCAAAUUCUGAUUCAUCACCAUCAUGUUCCACGGGAUACCAGUCACAGGAGGAGUAGGAGGAGCUCCAGCCAAUAAACCGGAGUUAUAUGAGGAGGUGAAAUUAUACAAAAAUGCAAGGGAAAGAGAAAAGUAUGAUAACAUGGCAGAACUGUUUGCUGUCGUCAAGACCCUGCAGGCUCUGGAGAAGGCUUACAUCAAAGACUGUGUAACACCUAAUGAGUACACAGCCUCCUGUUCCAGACUCUUGGUUCAGUAUAAGGCUGCUUUCAAACAGGUGCAGGGCUCUGACGUGGGCUCCAUCGAUGACUUCUGCAGGAAGUACAGACUCGACUGCCCAUUAGCAAUGGAGAGGAUUAAGGAGGAUCGGCCAAUCACCAUCAAGGACGACAAGGGCAACCUGAACCGCUGCAUUGCAGAUAUAGUUUCUCUCUUCAUCACUGUGAUGGACAAGCUGAGACUGGAGAUCAGGGCCAUGGAUGAGAUCCAACCAGACCUGAGGGAGCUGAUGGAAACCAUGAACAGAAUGAGCAACAUGCCUCCAGACUCAGAGGCUAAGGACAAAGUCAGUCUCUGGUUGACCACCCUGAGCAGCAUGUCAGCCUCUGAUGAGCUGGAUGAUAAUCAGGUGCGCCAGAUGCUGUUCGAUCUGGAGUCGGCCUACAACGCCUUCAACCGCUUCCUCCAUUCCUCUUAAAAGCAUCUGUCCAUCACAGAACUGUCUGUCUGGAUUUCUGACUCUGAUACAUGUUAAGUUAAAAGAAAAUACACUCUACUUUCUCCUGAUUGUUCUGGCAGGGAGUGGAUUUAUAACUGGACAGGUUUUCUGUCUCAUAUCUGUGCAGUUCUUUUUUUUCUUUGUACAUCUGGUUCUGAUGUUCCAUUAUCAAGUUAUGUACAAGUCAAACUCCGCCGCCUUCACUGUUUGUGGUACAUCAUGCUGCCUGCAGCCUGCAGCCCACUGGGCUCAUUCCUGUGCUGCAAGCUGCUCCAUAGGCCUUUUUUUUCUAUCCAAAUUUGUUUGAUAAAUCCUUUACCGUUGGCUGUUUAUUCUCCACUUGACAAAACAGUUUACUCUUUAUACUGUGACAUCAAAAAAAAGGUCUAAUUUUGUACCUAAGUUUUGCAGUUCAACAAAGAAUAAUUCUACAAAUAUAUUUGGAAAGGCCUACAGAUGAAGAAAAGGUUGCAACAGCCAGUCUUUGUAUUACUGGAAAGAGGAAUUCUUCUAUUUUUUUCUUCUUGGUACCCUAAUUGUAUCCACUACCUGUCACCUGUUCACCGUGUGUUUUUCCUAUUACAUAGGUUUUUACUGUAGAAUCGUAUAAUAGUGUGUGUAAAUAGAGUAAAAGAAGCUGCUUUGUCUGUCAGCAAAUCAAACAGAGCUGACUGCAAGAUGAUCAGACUGCACUUCAAAUUAAGCAUUAUAUUGAAACUAGGAUGGAAGGAAAUGCUGAUUGCUUGUUUUUCUGACCCUAUCUUUUGUUAACAUGCCUAAUCUAUAUUUCCUUUGAAGUGAGGGUUUCACCACAUCGUGGGCAAAAGAGAGGUGGACACACUUCCUCCUCAUUUUGCUUACUAAAUAUGUUUCAACCCCCAAACACCAUUAGGGAGAACAUAUUUAUGAAGAUUUAUCAUUGUAAAUAAUAGUUUUGAUUUUUAAAUAAAAGCAUGUAACACCUUUUUAGAAAUAAACUUUUAAAAAAAUAAAA